AUGCGCCUCAACAUCUCCGCGCCCGGCCCCCGGGGCGCCGACCCCUCCGCGCUGUCGCCGACGGGGCUGGAGGCAGCGCUCCUGGCCCCUGACUUUGGAAAUGGCUCCGGCAACGCAUCGGAGCGCGCCUCGGCUUCGCCCAGCAGCGACCUGGACGUGAACACUGACAUCUACUCCAAGGUGCUGGUGACGGUCGUGUACCUGGUGCUCUUCGUGGUGGGCACGGUGGGCAACUCGGUGACGGCGUUCACGCUGGCUCGCAAGAAGUCGCUGCAGAAUCUGCAGAGCACCGUGCACUACCACCUGGGCAGCCUGGCGCUGUCCGACCUGCUCAUCCUGCUGCUGGCCAUGCCCGUGGAGCUGUACAACUUCAUCUGGGUGCACCACCCCUGGGCCUUCGGCGACGCCGUCUGCCGCGGCUACUACUUCCUCCGGGACGCCUGCACCUACGCCACCGCCCUCAAUGUGGCCAGCCUGAGCGUGGAGCGCUACCUGGCCAUCUGCCACCCCUUCAAGGCCAAGACCCUCAUGUCUCGCAGCCGCACCAAGAAGUUCAUCGGUGCCAUCUGGCUGGCGGCGGGCCUGCUGGCCGUGCCCAUGCUCUUCACCAUGGGGCAGCAGAACCGCAGUGCCGACGGCCAGCACCCCGGCGGCCUGGUGUGCACGCCCGUCGUGGGAACGGCCACCAUCAAGGUCGUCAUCCAGAUCAACACCUUCACGUCUUUCCUGUUCCCCAUGGUGGCCAUCUCCGUCCUCAACACCGUCAUCGCUAACAAGCUGACUGUCAUGGUCCGCCAGGCGGCCGAGCUGGGCCAGGCGGGCGCAGCCGGGGGCCCGCACAGCGCGUUCAGCAUGUCCGUGGAGCCCGGCCGGGUGCAGGCGCUGCGCCAUGGAGUCCGGGUGCUACGCGCCGUGGUCAUCGCCUUCGUGGUCUGCUGGCUGCCCUACCACGUGCGGCGGCUCAUGUUCUGCUACAUUUCAGAUGAGCAGUGGACCCCGGUCCUCUACGACUGCUACCACUACUUCUACAUGCUGACCAACACGCUGUUCUACCUGAGCUCCGCCAUCAACCCCGUCCUCUACAACCUCGUCUCCGCCAGCUUCCGCCAGGUCUUCCUGUCCACCCUGGCCUGCCUCUGUCCGCGGUGGGGGCGCGGGAGGAAGAGGCCGGCCUUCUCGAGGAAGGCCAACAGCGUGUCCAGCAACCACACCUUCUCCAGCAACGUCACCAGGGAGACCCUGUAUUAG